GCCGGACGCCGCCUCACGUGAGGCCGGCGGAAAGCGGAAGUGAUGGCGGCGGGCGCUGGGGGGCCGGCGGCGCGGCGGCGGUGGCGGCGAUAAACGGGCGGGGCCGAGCCGAACCCGGGGCUCGACAUGGCGGCCCGCGGCGGGGGCUGUCUCUGGCUCUGCUCGCUGCUGGCGCUGGCCGCUCUGGCGGCGCUGGGCGCGGAGGCCAAGAAUUCUGAGGAUGUCCGAUGUAAAUGCAUCUGUCCUCCUUACAAAGAUCAUUCUGGCCAUAUUUACAACAAAAAUGUUUCACAGAAAGAUUGUGACUGUCUUCAUGUGGUUGAGCCUAUGCCUGUCCCUGGGCCUGAUGUAGAAGCAUACUGUUUACGUUGUGAAUGCAAAUAUGAAGAGAGAAGCUCUGUCACAAUUAAGGUUACAAUCAUCAUAUAUCUGUCCAUUUUGGGCUUACUUCUUCUGUACAUGGUUUACCUUACAUUGGUGGAGCCUAUACUGAAGAGACGUCUCUUUGGACAUUCACAGCUUAUACAGAGCGAUGAAGAUAUUGGGGAUCACCAGCCUUUUGCAAAUGCUCAUGAUGUGCUGGCUCGUUCUCGGAGUCGUGCCAAUGUCUUGAAUAAAGUGGAGUAUGCCCAACAGCGAUGGAAGUUACAGGUCCAAGAGCAACGCAAAUCUGUCUUUGACCGUCAUGUUGUGUUGAGUUAAUUGUCUGUCUCAGUAAUAACUGCAAGGAAGGACUAAUUGAAAGAGCUGACUCAUGUCUUCCUGAUCUUACCACUUUGAAAGGGUUCUCUCUAAUGGUUCAUUACUGAUAGAAAAAAGUAUUUGAACUUUGAAAGAAUGUACUGGAGUGGAAGCUAUUAAAAUAAAUUUAGUUAACCAAAAGCUAAAAAUCUUUACAUUUUCAAAUGACUUUUACUAACAAAACUUAAAAAAAAAAAGAAAAAAAAGAAAAAAAAAACCUACAGAAAACCCUGAGGUAUCUUGGGUUGUCACUGUGGUACCUUAUUUAGAGUUGUGACUUUAUGGUGAUUUUUAACUAUAUCUUUCUCUCUACUACUUAUGUGGUCAAAAAGUACCUGGGAACACAGUAAUUGCUUAAAGCUCACUAAUCACUUUAUGUAAAGACCUUUGUAAAUAUACUUGGAUUUUCUGCUGUCUAAUGCUAGGUACUAGAAAUCUAAAUCUUGCAGUGCAGUUUUUCAUAUCAGAGAAUGAAAUCCUGAUUGGAUGUGUUAAUCAUUUGAUUUCUUGCAUUCUUACUUUGAAGAUGCUGUACAUCAAGUGAUGUUUGUAGAUUUGAUGCAAAACUUAAAUGGACACUGACUCUUUGAGCUGCAUACUUAAAGUACUGUGAUGUAGAUAAACUCCAAUGCAGUGCAUAUUAAGGCAGUGUUGGCAUUUUGUUCUGUUCUGCUCUGAUAGCUUAAUAUAUUGUAUGUGUGAUAACUCUUAAAAUCUGCUCCCUUUCUUUUCAUGGGUAAAGUCUCAGGAGUUAGUAUAUGAUGAAAUAUUUAUUAUUAAAAAAAAAAAAUCUUUCUGCAUCUGUGUGCACUGAUGGUAUAAGGCACAUACUUUCUCUAGCAUGUGUCAUCCUGGGAAUUAGGUGUAUUUUUUUUAAUCUGUGAUUCCGUACUCAUCUCUCUAAGAGGUAUACAGUUGCUAGAUAACUGGCUUUCAUAUAUCCCCUUUGGAAUGUAACAAUUAAAGAUAAAACUGAUUUUCGAAAAAA